AGCUGUCAUAGCUCAAACGCGGGUACCUGAAUCAAGCUUCAACUCUUCUACAUCGUUGCAUCCCCCGGCUGUGAGAAUCCCCAGCAUGACCUCAAUGCUGCUGGCGCAAUGACAGACCAGUCGCCGAAUCCCGGCGAUACACAGGAGCGCGAGCUCGAACCGCCUCAGUCCCAACCCGAGCUACCACACGAACACGCCGUGACAUUCUCCGAAGACGAAGGCGAGACACCCGACCACGAUGCGCCUGACAACACCGAUUUAGAGGCCCCAGCCCAAGAGCCAGUCACCGGAGCGGACGGUGCUGGCGAAAACGAGGGGGUGGCGACCAAGAACGCAGUUGACGCCCAAAAGGAGCCUGUAGGCGGUGGUGAUGGCACUGCGGCGGAAGUGGACGACAGCCAAGAGGACGAGGGGAAGACGAAGGAGACAGAAGAAGUAGAUGCUGAAAAGGAAGAUGAAGACGCAGAAGAAGCAGAUGACGAUGUUGAGGAAGAAGAAGAAGAAGAAGAAGAAGAAGAAGAAGAAGACGACGACGAGGAAGAAGACGAUGAUGAAGACGAGGAUGAUGACGAAGACGACGAGCCGAGGCUCAAGUACGCUCGCCUUACCCAACACCUCGGUCCCCUAUACCGCAACGGCGAUGCGACCAGUGCAUUUCUUGUCGCUGGCGACAAGAUGAUUGUUGGAACCCAUAACGGCAACAUUCACGUAAUUCAACUCCCCAUCUUCCAAUCCUUGAAAGUCUAUCAUGCGCAUUCUGCUUCGGUCACCAGCAUAUCAAUUUCCCCUUUCCCGCCACCUCUACCGACCGACAAGCCAGAGGCUCCGCCGCGACUUACAGGACCUGCAGCCCCCAGUGGCGCUUCAGCUCGACAGCCAGAGUCAUCUCCGGCUGCAGCAUCGAGGAAACCUCGUGAGCGCUUUCAGAUCCCCAAAAUCCCAUCAAAUGACAUUUUCGUUGCGACGUCAUCAAUGGAUGGCAACGUGUGCGUGCAGUCACUUGUCGACAUGAAGGACGUUCAACUGCGCAACUUUGCUAGGCCGGUCCAGUCGGUGGCGUUAUCCCCCGAAUACAGAACCGACAGAACAUAUCUAUCAGGAGGAACGGCCGGCCAGCUCAUCCUUACUGUGGGUGGAGGUCCCGGCCGAAGCACUUCGACAACAACCGGCAGUGCGGCAGCCACCGCCUCGGGAUGGCUUGGAAGUAUGGGUAUUGGCGGCAAUACAGGAAAGGACACUAUCCUUCAUUCUGGCGAGGGAAUUAUCAGCACGAUCAAGUUCUCUCUCUCUGGAAAAUAUGUCGUGUGGCUGAACGAACACGGCAUUAAGAUUAUGCGAUCCAAGCUCCAUCUUGAUAACGCAGAUGCCGAAGAUGCAUGGAAGCGUAUAGGCCAUAUUGAUCGACCACAAACAGAGGAAUGGGACACCAUGGCUAGUGUCUGGAAGGGCCGCGUUGAGUGGAUUGAUGAACAGGCCGUUGAAUCAGAUGAGUCAGAACAGGGCCCCCUCGACAAGCCCGUCUCGCCGGCCACCGAAAAGCUGAGGGAACAGGCUGUCUUGGGCAAGAGGAGUAUCGAGCGACUUCUCGUGGGAUGGGGUGGUACAAUUUGGAUCAUCCAUGUCCAUCCUGGAGGUGUAGGUGUGGGACGGAACGUGGGAGAGAAGACUAUUGGGCGGGCUGAAAUUGUCAAAAUUCUACGCAUGGAUUGCAUUAUUUCCGGCAUUUCUUUAUAUACCCAGAACUUGUUACUUGUGCUUGCAUAUUGUUUACCCGACGAAGACAACGAAGACGAGAUUCUCGACGUGUCGCCAGUCAAGACGCAUAAAUCUCGACUUUCGACAACAUCGACAGGAAGCGAACCUGUGGGGGGUGUCCGCCGGCGCCAGAACAAUCAGCCCCCUGAACUACGGCUUAUCGAUCUCAACUCCCAAGCCGAAGCCGACAAGGAUGGGCUCAGUGUCAGUCGCUAUGAGCGACUUACAUCAGGCGAUUACCAUCUGGGAGUGUUACCUGCACGCAACGCUGCCUCUGCCGUUGCUUCAACAAGAGGAGCCCUCGAAGCCCUUGCCGGGCUUGGCUCGGACAUGUGGAAUGCUGCGAUUAAUCCGCGAUCACUCUUCAGCUCGGGGGCAAGCAUCCGCAGCAGAGAGAGUGGCGAUGAUGCAGCUUCAAGUAUGAGGGCCGGCAGCACGACCGGGAUUAUCCGUCCUGGGACCAGCAGAGGUGGUGCCCCAUCGGUGCAUGCCGGUCUGGUUAAGCCAGGAGUCAAGGUGUUCAUUCAUAGCCCAUACGACUGCAUUCUUGCAACGAGAAGAGACUUGGGAGACCACCUGGGAUGGCUCAUGGAGCGCCAGCAGUACCAGCGUGCUUGGGAGCUCAUCGACGAGCACCCCGAAAUCGUGACUACCUCUGUCGAAAGAGGCAGCGAUGCAGGUCCUCAAACCCCAUCGAAACCGCAAGAGGCUGCUGAUGACUUUUUUGAUGACGAGUCUGUCACAGAUUCAACUCCUAGAAAUAUGUACUCCUCAGUCGAGCGAGAGAAGAGGCGGAUCGGAGAGCUCUGGAUUCAAGAGCUUAUUGAAGAACAAGACUGGAUCUCGGCUGGCCAGGUCUGCGGCAAGGUGCUCACAACUGCCGACAGGUGGGAGAAAUGGGUAUGGACCUUUGCGGGCGCCAAAAGGUUUGAGGAAAUCACGAACUACAUCCCAGUAGCGCCUAUGCGCCCUCCUAUCCCUACAACCAUAUAUGAAGUUGUCCUGGGUCACUAUCUUCAGACCGACAAGCCCCGAUUCAGGGAGCUACUUGAGCGUUGGCCAACAGAGCUCUUUGACAUUAAAACCAUCACCACUGUCUUGGAGAACCAGCUCAAAUAUCGAGAUGUGCGGGAAGAUAGCAUCGAUGAAGGAGAGAAGGGCCGGGACUGGCGGAUUGUCAUGGAAAGUCUGUCAAGACUCCAUGAAGCUAAUGGGCGUCAACGAGAGGCACUCAAGUGUUACAUCAAACUCCAUGAUGCAGACUCAGCCUUCCGCUUGAUCAGAGACAACCACCUUGCCGAUGCCGUCGAAGAUGACAUCCCUAGCUUCAUCGGCCUCAGGGUAUCACCGGAAGACCUGGGCCAGAUGACAGAAAGCGACCUUGAGGAUGCCACAUCCGAAGCGAUCACGCUCCUAGUUGAUGAGGCUCAGCAUGGUCUCUUGCGCCCGGAAGUGGUUGUGGAACAGUUGCUCGCCCAAGAGCUGCGCCUUUACAUCUACUUCUAUUUCCGCGGCCUUUGGAAGGGUGAAGGCAUCAGGGAACACAUGGGAGAGAAUUUGGACCGACUGGUCAUGGACAGCCAGUCUCUGGUGGACGGCUUCGCCGACUUGGCGGUGCAUUUGUUCGCGACUUACGACAGGACGCUACUGAUGCAAUUCCUGAAGAUUUCUAUUUCGUACACUUUUGAGAAGGCUGUCCAAGAAUGCGAGCAAUUUUCAUACUACGACGAGCUUGUGUAUCUAUAUUCGAAGACCGGGCAGAUGAAACGCGCGCUCUAUCUCAUCAUCGACCGCCUCAAGAACGUCAGCAAGGCCAUCGAGUUUGCCAAGGAACAGGAUGAUCCUGACCUCUGGGAGGAUCUCCUCAACUAUAGCAUGGACAAACCUAGCUUCAUUCGUGGCCUGCUUGAACAGGUCGGCACGGCCAUCAACCCGAUCACGCUCGUGAGGCGGAUUCCAGAGGGUCUUGAAAUCGAUGGCCUCCGAGAGGGCUUGACUCAUAUGAUGAAGGAGCAUGAGAUACAGUACAGUAUCAGCUCUGGAGUCGCACGGGUCCUGCGCAGUGAAGUUGCCGCCGCACAAAACGAUCUUCGUGCUGGACAGCGCAAGGCCAUCAAGUUCGAAGUGGAUGUGCACUCCACGGAGCACAUAGAUGUAGAGGUCAAAGACGUGCCCACCGACCCGGAGAAUCCGGAGCGGAAUGCAUCGCAUCCCGUCACAGACCACGAUCAUCGGGUCCCUCAGGUGGGGCACUGCGCGAGGUGCCAUGAGCCCUUCACCGAGUAUGAAAUGGAAACUUUGGUGGGAUAUGCGUGUGGCCACGUAUUCCAUGUGAGCCACUUACUAGAGAUGUUGCAUGGAGGGAAGAAGGUCGAUGUCAAUUUGGGAAAUGGCGUGGAGGAGGGGAGUCGAUACUCGGUGGGAAUGAAGGUCAUGCGGGCGCGGUUGUUGAAGGAUAAGGUUAGAGGAGGAUGUCCAGUUUGCCAUGUCAAGUAAGAGCGAAGCUUCAUCAUUCAUAUAGGCGUCAAAUUGUGUAUAGCGUUAACGGAUACCAGCUCUACAAGCAUUCACAUAGUAGUCUUCCCCCAUGAAUGAUAGGUGACUGACACGCUGAACACAAAGCACAGACACGCGGUUGAAGAUGGACCUGGUUCAAUUUCAAAAUGUAUCUCAGUACGA